AAGCGGAGCGGGCGCAGGUGGCAGAGCCUUCGCUGGCGGGAGUCUCGUCGGGACCUCGGACAUGAAGCUCCUCUUCCUCGCGCUGCUGUCCCUCCUGGCCCUCGGACCGAGUCGGGCCAUCCGCAGGAGAGGCGUUCGAUGGUGCACCAUAUCACAAGCAGAGGCAGCCAAGUGCUCCAGGCUGAAGCGGAAUCUGGAACGAGUGCGUGGGCCCUCUGUGAUCUGCACAAGAAGAAACUCCUACCUCCAGUGCAUCCAGGCCAUCGCGGCGAACAGGGCAGAUGCCAUCACCCUUGACAGCGGUCUGGUGUACGAGGCGGGGCAGGACCCGCACAGACUGCGGCCUGUGGCGGCGGAGGUGUACGGGACCGAGGAGGCACGGCAGACGCACUAUUAUGCUGUGGCCGUGGUGAGGAGGGACAGCAGCUUCCAACUGAACCAGCUGCAAGGCGUGAGGUCCUGCCACACUGGCCUCAACCGGUCCGCCGGCUGGAACAUCCCUGUGGGCACGCUCCGUCCGUACCUGGACUGGGCAGGGCCGCCCGCACCCCUUCAGGAAGCCGUGGCCAACUUCUUCUCCGCCAGCUGUGUCCCCUGUGCGGACGGUGCGCAGUACCCCAACCUGUGUCGCCUGUGUGCGGGGGCAGGUGAGGACAAAUGUGCCUGCUCCUCCAAGGAACCGUACUUCGGCUACUCCGGCGCCUUCAAGUGUCUGCAAGACGGGGCUGGAGACGUGGCUUUUGUCAAGGACAGUACGGUGUUUGAGAACCUGCCAAACAAGACGGAGAGGGACCAGUACGAGCUGCUCUGCCCGGACAACACCCGGAAGCCGGUGGAGGAGUUCGAGCAGUGCCACCUGGCCCGGGUCCCCUCUCACGCGGUCGUGGCCCGCAGCGUGAACGGCAAGGAGAACGAGAUCUGGAGGCUGCUCAGCAGGGCACAGGAAAAGUUUGGAAGAGGCAAGUCAAGGAGGUUCGAGCUCUUCAGCUCCCCUCGCGGGCAGAAGGACCUGCUCUUCAAAGAUAACGCCCUCGGAUUCUUGAGGAUCCCCUCCAAGGUGGACGCUGGGCUGUACCUUGGUUCCGGCUACCUCACCGCCAUCAAGAACCUGAGGGAGUCGGCCGCGGAGGUGGAGGCCCGGCAGGCCCGGGUCGUGUGGUGCGCGGUGGGCCCAGCGGAGCAGCGCAAGUGCCAGCAGUGGAGCAGCCAGAGCAACGGGACGGUGACCUGCGCCACGGCCGCCAACACCGAGGACUGCAUCGCCCUGGUGCUGAAAGGAGAGGCCGAUGCCUUGAGUUUGGACGGAGGAUUUAUCUACGUCGCCGGCAAGUGUGGUCUGGUGCCGGUGCUGGCAGAGAACCAAAGACCCAGAGAAGGCAAUAACUUGGAUUGCGUGAAUACACCGACGGAAGGGUAUCGUGCUGUGGCGGUGGUCAAGAAAUCCAAUGCCGGCCUCACCUGGAAUUCCCUGAGGGGCGCGAAGUCCUGCCACACCGGUGUGGGCAGGACGGCAGGCUGGAACAUCCCCGUGGGUCUGCUCUUCAACCAGACAGGCUCCUGCAACUUCGGUGAAUUCUUCAGUCAAAGCUGCGCCCCUGGGGCAGACCCGAACUCCAACCUCUGCGCCCUGUGCAUUGGCAACGAGCAGGGCCAGGAUAAGUGCGCCCCCAACAGCAAUGAGAGGUACUACAGCUACAACGGGGCUUUCAGGUGCCUGGCUGAGAACGCCGGAGACGUGGCCUUUGUGAAAGCCUCCACCGUCCUGGACAACACGAACGGAAGGAGCACCGAAGCGUGGGCUCGGGAUCUGAAGCUGGACGACUUCGAGCUGUUGUGCCUGGACGGCGGCCGGAAGCCUGUGACUGAGUCUGAGACCUGCCACCUGGCCAGGGCCCCGAGUCACGGCGUGGUAUCCCAGAGCGGCAGGGUGUCAUUCGUGGAGCAGGUGCUGCUGGACCAGCAGAACAAGUUCGGAAGAAACGGCAGCCGCUGCCCAGGCGCGUUCUGCUUGUUCCAGUCGGAAACCAAGAACCUCCUGUUCAACGACAACACCGAGUGUCUGGCCAGACUCCGGGGCAGACCAACCUACGAGGAGUAUCUGGGCCCAGAGUACCUCACGGCGGUGGCUAACCUCAGGCAGUGCUCCACCUCCCCACUUCUGGAGGCCUGCACCUUUCUGAGGGGUUGAGACUCAAGAAGGUGGCCCAGCCCCCUGCCACCCCCGCCACCCCACAGCUGCCGCCGCCGCCGCUGCCUCCACUGCCUUGGCCCCGUCCCCCGCCCGCUGGGGCCCGCUGCUCCCUUCCCGAGGGGCAGCUCGCUAGGCACACCUGUUUUCACAAUUUCCUGCUGUCGUCGCAACAAGAAAUAAAACCGGAAAUGCCGUUGA